AUGUCGCCAACGCCAAAGUAUCGGUCUACAAAUGGUCAACAGGCACAAAGUCCUAGCCAAACGACAUCUGCGCCAGAGACCUCAGUGGCCUCGCCCGCCACUGUUCUGUCUUCCGCUAGUUCUCGUACGGCUCAUCGCAAAGCUAUUACUUCAGAGCUCUCACAGAAUCCCGCAGGCGGUGCGCCGAAGAAAAUUGGAUGGGGCUCCUUUAGCCACCGCAAGCAGCAAGUUUUGACUCAUGGCCACAGCCAUGGCAACGACUCCACUAGCUCAGAAAUCACAAGAUCAGCCCGAGGGAAGCCAAAGUCGCGUCAGACACAGAAUACUGCGAGCGCAAGUAGUGCAACUGCUACCUCCGAGAAUGGCUCUAGAAUAGGUGUAUCGGAGCAGGAUUUCUGGGCCGAGUUGGAUACGAGGGUGUCCAGUCUUGCAGAGGGCAAAAGCAAGGGUCGACGAGAGCCUACUGCAACAGAUGGCUCGAACAGAACCUCCAUCGACCAGGCACCGAGGAAAGAUGAAGACGGCUCGGUGCACAGUCAAAACGUGGCUUUACACCAUCCAGUCUCGGACAAUACCCGGGGAAAAGAAAGGAGGAAGUCAAGAUUUGACAUUGAAGACGAGCCAGCCUCUGAUCAACGAACCAAAAAGUCCAAAAAAUCUGCCAGGGGUCGCCGCGUAGAGUUGGAAGAGGAUUGGGACGACUCGUCGUCACAUCGAUGGGAACGAAAAAAACGCCUAAAAGCCGAGAAGGAGGCACGGAAAGAAAGAGCGCUUCGGGAGGAGAAUCGCGCCAUGCCAAUCUUUCUUCCCGAGUAUAUUAGUGUGUCAAACCUGGCGCAAGCCCUGAAGCAACGACCAGAUCAGUUCUUGGUCGAUAUGGAGGAGAUGGGCUUCGAGAACGUGACACCCGACACCAUCAUGACGGGCGAAACCGCAGCACUCAUCUCCAUGGAAUACGGCUUUGACCCAACUGUCGAUACUGGCUCGCAACGCGAUCUGAAGCCUCGGCCAAUCGCGGAUGACGUAUCCUCACUACCCAGCCGGCCUCCGGUGGUCACAAUCAUGGGCCACGUUGACCACGGCAAGACCACGUUACUAGAUUGGCUACGGAAAUCGUCAGUUGCCUCUCAGGAGUAUGGUGGCAUUACACAACACAUUGGUGCCUUCGUCGUGCAAAUGUCUAUGGGAAAGCGAAUCACUUUCUUGGACACGCCUGGACAUGCGGCUUUUCUCUCGAUGCGUCAACGUGGAGCCAACAUUACCGAUAUUGUUGUCUUGGUAGUCGCAGCAGACGACAGCGUCAUGCCCCAGACUCUUGAAGCCCUGAAGCACGCCACAUCUGCCAAGGUGCCUAUCAUCGUGGCGAUCAACAAGGUUGACAAAGAAGAUGCUCGAAUCGACCAGGUCAAGGCAGACCUUGCCCGGCAUGGCGUUGAAAUUGAAGAUUACGGCGGAGAUGUUCAAGUUGUUUGCGUAAGCGGCAAAACUGGGCAGGGCAUGCCCGACUUGGAAGAGAGCAUCAUAACGCUUUCGGAGGUUCUUGACGUUCGUGCGGAGGCAGACGGCAUGGCUGAAGGCUGGAUUGUAGAAUCCAGUGUAAAACAAAACGGCAAGGCCGCAACAGUGCUGGUCAAGCGCGGAACUCUUCGACCAGGAGACUUUAUUGUUGCCGGGAAAACCUGGGCCAGGGUUCGAGCGCUUAGGAACGAAGCUGGGACCGAACUACUUGAAGCGGCUCCCGGCAGCCCUGUUGAAGUAUGGGGGUGGCGAGAAUUGCCAGACGCCGGAGAGCAGGUGCUGCAGGCACCUGAUGAAGGCAAGGCAAAGACGGCCGUCCAGUACCGGCUGGAAAUGGCCGAGCGUGAGCGGAACUCUGUCCAGUUAGCUGAGCAGGAACAGCGACAGAGAGAGAAGGCGGCCGCCGAAGACAAGGUUGCCGAAGGUGCUGACGACGAUUCCGCUUCCGAACCCGGUAUCUUGUAUCAAAACUUCACCGUCAGAGCCGAUGUGGUUGGCUCAGUGGAGGCCGUCUGCGGCAGCGUCCUGGAAUUGGGCAAUAACGAGGUGCGACCCAAGGUUCUUCGAGCCGCAGCGGGUCAGAUAUCGGAGUACGACAUCGACCAUGCAGCGGCUUCAAAGAGUGUCAUCAUCAACUUCAACGUUCCCAUCUUGCCCCGUAUCAAGCAGCGGGCGGAGGAGGCCAAGGUCAAGAUUCUCGACCACAACGUCAUCUACCAUGUAGUAGACGACGCCAAAGCGGUUCUUUCAGGGCUGCUACCCAUGAGUGUCACAUACCGUGUCAGCGGAGAGGCGGACAUCAUUCAGGUUUUCUCUAUCAAUUUGAAGGGGAGGGUUUUCAAGAACAUUGCCGGAUGCAGAGUACGCAACGGGUCGAUCAAGAAAUCUUCCUUGGUAAAGGUGCUUCGCAAGGGCAAGGUCAUCUUUGAUGGUAGCAUCGAUACUCUGAAGCACGUCAAGAAAGAUGUCAUGGAAAUGGGCAAGGGCACAGAGUGCGGCAUUGGCCUGGAAGGCUUUGGAGAUUUUCUAGUCGACGAUCAAAUCCAAACAUACGAGGUGGUCAAGGAGAGACGGGCAUUAUAA